AUGAGCCCAGUUGCAACUCUUACCGCCGUGAACAACAAUGAUACCCUCGGUUUAGCUGUUCCACCUUUCACUCCUCACGCCAUCUCUGUUUCGUUGCCAACAUGGCGAGAUAAUGUCGAGUAUGAGGCCGGUGAUAAACGAGUGAUUGAUGUGAUGGUCUCGGGGUACCCUAGGUUCUUCAUACACCUGAGCAUACAAAAACUUGCGCGUAUAUGUGAACAGAAAUUUGGUGUCAAAGGCGAACUGUGUCUUCUCUGCCCCUCCAAGAAAGUUGCAGACCACUGCCGUGCCUAUAUCAUUGACAGAUCCUCACGAUUAGGAGCCGCAGUGCCCGUCCGACUUGUGCAGUAUCUCCUCUGUCCAGAAGACACCUCAGGCGCAUCCACCACCGAGUCAAACACGAGAUCACUAUCCCAGCACUGUGUCGAGCUGCACAUCGUCCUCUUUCCUGCGGAUGCUUUCCCCUUAGCUAAGCAGUUUUGGCAGCACAGUGGUCUCACUGUGUCGAGUCGACUCGCAGAACACUGUCUUUCUCUCAUCCCGGAGGCUGUUGAACCCCCCAAAUCUCCUCGGUCUCCCACGUCGCCUGUACACUCCCGUUCCCCAUUCAAGGCCCUGAAUAAACAUUACUCCGUCAAAAGCUCGCCAAAGAUACCGCAAGUCUCUCCCGCAAGCACGUCACCGCCACCCCCUCAUACAGAUUUCUCAGAGAGCUUGACAAAAGAUCAGGAUACGUAUGUGGAAGAGCGAUAUGGACGCAAUCUCCCUGUGACCGCGGGAGAGUUUGCAAAACGGGCGCUUCGCAGACGCAUCGCAGGUGUACUUGUUUCCGAUGAUACUCCAAACAAUGGUGCAUCGACUUCAGAGUUCUGCGCUGGAGCCCAAGAUGUUGAAGUGGGGCCGAGCAGCAGAGGUGUGCGGGAAGUCGCAGAGGACGAUGUGUAUCUCUUUCCUACUGGGAUGGCUGCCAUAUGGAACGCCCACCAACUGGCUUUGAACAUCCGGCCUCCAGCUAAAAGCGUCUGCUUCGGUUUUCCUUACACUGAUACACUAAAAAUACUCGAGAAAUGGGGUCCUGGUUGUCAUUUCCUAGGCCGCGGACUUGACGAAGAUAUCGAUACGCUGGAACAGAUUUUGGAAGAAGAAUCUCGCAUCUCAAGGCCAGCUUCUACUCCACCCAUUACCGCGCUUUUCACCGAAUUCCCAUCCAACCCUCUCCUGCGUUGCGCGAACCUUCCCAGACUUCGCGCUCUGGCGGACAAGUAUGACUUUUUGCUCGUGGUCGAUGAGACGAUAGGCAACUUUGUGAAUGUGGAGGUUUUGCCUUUUGUCGAUAUCGUGGUCAGCAGCCUGAGUAAGAUUUUCAGUGGAGAUGCGAAUGUGAUGGGCGGAAGCCUUGUUCUCAACCCCGCUGGUCGACAUUAUUCUGCGCUGAAACGUCAGGCAGCCAGCUCUUAUGAAGACCUCUUCUUCAUCGAGGACGCAGUAUUCAUGGAACGGAACUCGCGCGACUUUAAGCGACGCGUUCGAAUCAUAGAUUCUAACACGGAAGCUGUAUGCGAUUUCCUGAGAUCACGCUCAGUGGCAGGAGGGUAUGCGAACUCACCAGCCAUCAACGAGGUCUAUUAUCCGAAAUGGAUCGCUCGAGAGAACUACGAGUUAUGUCGGAUUAAAGACUCUUCAGGCCGGCCAGAUGAGAAGGGAGGAGGCUUUGGUGGAUUGUUUUCGUUGGACUUUACCUCCGACGUCGCGUCUCGUGCGUUCUUUGAUGCCCUUCCGUGCUAUAAGGGGCCGAGCCUUGGGACGAACUUUACACUUGCGUGUCCCUAUACGGUCCUUGCGCACUUUACUGAGUUGCAAUGGGCCUCGGAGUAUGGAGUGGACGAGGGGCUGGUGAGGAUUAGCGUUGGGAUGGAGGAGAGAGGCGUGCUCCUGAGAAGUUUUGAGGUUGCUCUGAACGCUGCAGAGAGUGCUACUCGAUGA